UAUGCGUCAGACUUGUAGCUUCACCUUGAUACCUUGGCCCCUGCCUAAUCAAACGAUUCUCCUGCAACUUCGGAUCUGUAGACUCACGCAAAUAUGUCUCGAAGAUAUGAUUCCAGAACGACCAUCUUCUCGCCCGAGGGUCGAGUUUUCCAGAUCGAAUAUGCGAUGGAGGCCAUCUCCAUGGCCGGAACAGUCCUCGCUAUCCUCAGCAAAGAGGGAGUUGUGAUGGUUGCGGAAAAGAAAGUGACCGGUAAACUGCUCGAUCUUUCUCUGACUAGCUCGGGUGGGGAAGGUUUGGAGGCUUGGACAGGUGGUGGUGCCGAAAAGAUCUUCCUCCUCAACAACAACAUUCUCGCUGGUGUAGCAGGAAUCACCUCGGACGCCAACUCGCUUGUCAACUACGCCAGGACUGCCGCUCAGAAGCAUUUGUUCAGCUAUGACGAGGAGAUUCCGGUGGAAAUGCUGGCUCAAAGGUUGUGUGAUCUCAAGCAGGGAUACACGCAGUAUGGAGGACUUCGACCUUUCGGUGUCUCCCUUUUGUAUAUCGGUCACGACCCUAUCCACGGAUUCCAGCUAUACCAUUCGGAUCCGUCCGGGAACUACUCUGGCUGGAAGGCCACCUGCAUCGGAGCGAACAACUCGAACGCUCAAUCCCUGCUCAAGCAGGACUACAAGGACGAGAUCACGUUGGAGGAAGCCAAGGCGCUGGCCUUGAAGAUUAUGAGCAAGACGAUGGACUCGACAAAGUUGGGAAGCGAAAAGCUCGAGUUCGCUACAAUGACUUUGGACCCUGCUACUCAGCUACCCCUUGCCAAGAUCUUCCGAUCAGCCGAGUUGGACGAGUUGUUGCGGAAAUACGAACUCGGAGGUACCUCGGAUUCAGAGGUCGGGGUUGGGCAGGGGACCGGUGGUGGCAGCGGUGGAGACACCAGCAUCUCGGUAUCGACGUGAUAGAAUUUCGAAUUAUCUUUCUACCUCUGACGAUCUUUACUGUACGAGCGCCAAUACUCAUGAUUACGAACAUGCCCUCCCAU